AUGGCGGACUUGGCAGCCUCGGGGCGCGCGGGUCGGAGCUGGUGUUUGUGCCCCGAGGUGCCAUCCGCCACCUUCUUCACGGCCCUGCUCUCACUGCUGGUGUCCGGGCCGCGCCUGUUUCUGCUGCAGCCGCCCCUGGCGUCCUCGGGCCUGUCGCUGCGGUCCGAGGCCCUGUACAACUGGCAAGUUUACAGGCUGGUGACCUACAUCUUUGUCUACGAGAGUCCAGUCUCCCUGCUCUGUGGGGCCGUCAUCAUCUGGCGCUUUGCUGGCAAUUUUGAGCGGAGCGUAGGCACAGUCCGCCACUGCUUCUUCACCUUGAUCUUCACCGUCAUCUCUGCUAUCGUCUACCUGUCGUUUGAGAUCGUGACGUCCCGCACAAAGCUGGGGGAGAUGGAGGAUGCCACGGGGUUCACGCCGGUGGCUUUCGCCAUGUUGGGGGUCAGCUCUGUCCGUUCUCGAAUAAGGCGCACCCUGGUGUUCGGGGUGGUUAUGCCUUCUGUGCUGGUCCCCUGGAUCUUGCUCUGCCUCUCCUGGCUCAUUCCCCAGACCUCGUUCUUCAGUAACGUCUGUGGACUUAUGGUUGGGCUCACGUACGGCUUCACUUACUGCUAUUCCAUCGACCUCUCGGAGCGGCUAGCACUGAAGCUCGAUCAGACGUUCCCCUUCAGCAUGAUGAGGAAGGUAUCAGCGUUCAAGUACAUCUCGGGGUCGGUGGCGGAAAGACGGGCAGCCCAGAGCCGGAAGCUGAAUCCUGUGCCCGGCUCCUACCCAACACAGAGCUGCCACCCUCACCUGUCCCCAGGCCACCCUGUCACCCAGAUGCAAUACGCCAAUGGCCAGAAACUCGGUUCCUGGCCAGCCUGCGCGCCUGGGCACAUGCCCCCUCUGCCUCCGUACCAGCCCACCUCCGGCCUGUAUCAUGUACAGAACCAUUUUGGCUCUGCCCCUAGCUCUUCUGGUCCUAACUCCUCUGGUGGCUACCCGGCCUCAGCAGGGGCCUCCCUGGGGCCCCAGCCCCCUACCCCCCUCAGCUACACUGGCACCGUGUACCAUGGGUCCCCCAGCACUCCAGCCUCUGCUGGUCCCCAGGAGAGCUCAAGGGUUCCAGUUCCCUGA